GAACACAAAAUACGGUGUGAUAUGCUAGCUGGUCAUGAAUCUAUAGGAAUAUCAGUGCAUUCCAAAGCCACAGAGGUUUGAUGUCGCAACACCUGGAAAUGUAUGUUACAACGACUUGAAAUUGAAGAAGAAUGAUGCGUUCAGGUUUGUCUUUGAGGGUGAUGAUACUGGCAGCUCUCACCGUUCCCAUCGUAGUCCAAAGUCCUGAAAUCUUCACCUUGUCGGUCCCACACGGUCCAAUCAUGACCUGGUUGAACUCAUCCGUUUCUUUAUCUUGUGAACUUUCACCUCUCUUCAAUGCGGAGCCAUUGGAGGUGCGCUGGUACAGGGCCAAAGACUUUGACUCAACUGCCUUGUUGUACAAAGAUCACAAGAUCCACGAGGCCCCUGUGGACCCCCGGUACAAGGGCAGGGUGUCUCUAACUGGGGGGCUGGAGAGAGGGAAUGUGUCCCUGACACUGGAGAGGGUCACACUGGCAGACAGGGGGGAGUAUGUGUGCUAUGUUAGCAGUGAACAGUGGUAUGAAAAAGCCAUUGUACUCCUCACAGUGAAUGUAACAGGUAGUCAACCAGUUCUCUCUGUUGCUGAAGCAAGAGGAGGAGGAGGUCAGGUAAACGUCACCUGUUCAUCAGAGGGCUGGUCACCACAACCUAAACUCACCUGGAGAAACAAAGAGGGGACAGAGAUCAGAAAUGAGCAAGUACUCAACACUGCUGGUAAUUACUUGUAG